AUGUCAUUUUCAAAUAAACAUAUUGACUGUAACAUACUCAAACAUGAAGAUGUUACAGAUGAAUUAAAUGCAAAAUUACGUCGACUAUUGAAUGAUCCAACGAAAAAACAAAUCGACUUCCAGAGAUCUUUGUCUGGUACAAAUUCAUCAGAUACUGAUGUUGAAAAUCAAUUGGAUAUAAAUAAUCAAGAACGAUCAACAAAACCACAAUUAUCAUCAUCAUUAAGGCCAAUUGGAAUUUUUUGGGAUAUCCAAAAUUGUCGUGUGCCAAGAGGUAGAUCAGCAGCAGCUGUUGUACAAGUCAUAAGAAAUAAAUUUGUUAAUGGAUACAAAGAAGCUGAAUUUAUUAUUGUGUGUGAUAUUUAUAAAGAAAACAAACGAAUCAUUAAAGAGUUGAAUGAUGCACAGGUAAAGUUGAUACAUGUUCCAGCAACAUAUAAGAAUGCUGCUGAUGAAAAAUUAAAACAAUCAAUUCGUUCAUUUGCUGAUGUUCAUGGUAGUUCAGCAGCAAUAAUUUUAAUAUCAAGUGACAUUGAUUUUGCUGUUGAUCUGAGUGAUGUUAGACAUAAAAAAAAAUUACAUGUUAUAUUGUUGCAUAAUAAUUAUUCAUCAAAAGAACUUAUAUUAUGUGCAAAUGAACAUUAUAAUUUUAUGAAGCUUAUGGAAUCACUUCCAGCAAGAACACCAGCCAAGGUUUUUGAACGUCAUGAUCUUUUAAUUAGCAAUCUUCCAACUCACAAAGGAUUGCGUUCAAUAGAAGGACGUUUAAAAUUUUUAUCUGAUAAUUGUGGUGGACGUAUUAUUGCUGUCAAUGGAAGUACAGCAAUUAUUAGAUUCACCUCACAAUACUCUGCAAACAGAGCUCAAAAACGUAUGAAUGGUGAAAACGUGUUCAAUUCUAUAAUAAUUGUGACGUUUUUAAACGAUGGAAAAAAUCGUCGAGCUCUAGGUAAUGUAAAUUUUCCUAGCAUACCAUACUAUAAUGAGAUGGUGUGCUACCACAAUACCAUGUAUUGUCACCCACCAUCAUUAGUUAUUGGUGGAUUUUUUGGCAGUUGGCACAGCAUUCCUCCACCAGCUAUUAUGAUGCUACCAGUACCAAUGUUUGAAAACAGAAAUCGUCAUUCAAUUAAUGCUGGUUUUGGUUACAACCACCAGUAUCCAAGUGCAUCACGUGGACAUUUUCCAAAUGCAUCAUUUGGACAUUUUCCAAAUGCAUCAUUUGGACAUUUUCCAAAUUAUUGUCAUGGUUGUAGUGGACCAACAUGUGGACCACCUCAUCAUUGGGAUGAUUUCCACAGAGUUAAUAGAACACAUCAUGCUUCAACAAAGUGGAUAAAUGUACCACAAAAUCGAGGUAACUCAUUGUCAUUCGGUGAAGGAAUGAAACGUAUAUAUGGUAGUAGAUUUAAUCAUUCAAAAAAUUUUAAUACACCUCGUUUUCCUUUCUACGGAAUGCCACCAGCUGGUAAAAAUUCAUACAAUGGUGUUAAUAAUUCACAGUAUGAUUGGCCUCAACGUAGAAGUCCACAUACUGGUGGACCAAAUCAUCAACAAAUACGAUCACAAAUUAUAUUAUUAUUGCGUGAACUACCUGUACAUAAGUUGCCAUUAUUUAUAUUUCAUGUUUGUAUUAUAUCUGAAGAUCCUACUACUGGUAGGUUUAUAUCAUUGCAUCCAGAUCAUAGAAAUACACCAUCACCAUUUCUUAAAAAUAUUUCAGAGAAAAAACAAGUUAAACUUCCAUAUUGUACAGUUGCAACUCAUGAGAAUAAGCAACCAAGGAUAAAUAAAGAUUGGGCUGAACCAAGUAUUAAUGAUAAUGAUAAAUUAUUGACAAUACCAAAGAGAGAUCAAACACAAGAAAAAAUUGAAAUAAUAAAACAAUUUUCAAAUCGAGUUAUUAAGUUGCUUCGUCAUGCACCACAGUGUAGUAUAUUAUUAUUAAAUAAUCAAAAAUUACUCAAGUGUGCUAAAGGUAUUUCAAAAGUAAAUUUUUCUUUUUAA